GAGGUGGCUGCAGGCGGGGACAGUGGAGCGCUGCGUCGUCUCCACGCACAGCCGUACGGAGUCGCCACUGCGGAGCUCCAGCCCUGCUCCUUGCGCAUCCACCCGGAGCCCCUCGGCAUUCACGCUGCGCCAUGGCCAAGGCUGCCGAUGUCUGGUCCUACCUCCGCCUUGUCUUCUGGCUCGCCUGCCUCCUGCCUUUCGGCCCGGCGAGGGUGGCUGCAGGUCUCUAUAAUCUUAGUCUUACUACUGAUGGUCCCGCUACCAUUGGCACAGAAGUGACCAUCUCAGCCAGCCUGGUGAUCAAGGACAAUGGCAACCUGUCCCUGCCUACAGACGCCCACCUCUACCGUUUCCACUGGAUCCACGCGCCACUGACUCUCACUGCCAAGACCGAGAAGAAUCUAACCUCAACCAUCCAUGUGGUGGGCAACAGGCCUGGGGACUUUCCAAUCACUGUCUGGGUCACUGCUGUCGACUGCUGGAUGUGCAAGCCCUUAGCCAGGAGUGCUCUGGUCCUCCCCAUCAAAGAGUCACUUGUGGGAAACCUAGUCAUUACCCAAAAUUCCUCUGUGUCUUGGCCGAACUCCUACAUCACCAAGAAAACCCUCAAAAUCUCCUUCCUCCUCCAUGACCCGAGUGACUUCUUCAAGUCAGCUUCCUUCUUCUACCGAUGGGACUUCGGAGACGGGACCUUGUUGAUAACCGACAACCCUGUGGCCUAUUACAACUAUUCUAAUGCUGGAACCUUCACGGUGAAGGUCAGGGUGGUGGCAGAAUGGGAGCAGACAAAGCCGGAUGCCACGAAGGGCAUCGUGCAGAAGAGCGGAGACUUCUCGGCUUCCUUAAGGCUUCGGGAGGCCCUUCAAGGCAUCCAGAUUUCGGCGCCCACCCUCUUGCAGACAUUCCAAAAGUUGACAAUGAGCCUGAAAUUCCUCGGGAGCCCCCCUCUGCAGGUGUGCUGGGGCCUCAAGCCGGCAUGUCUCCCAGUGGAGGACAGAGAGUGCCACCCGGUGUUGGUGACCGGCACAUCUUUGAACGUGACCCACGUCUUCCAGAACCCCGGGGACUACUGCUUCAUCUUCCGAGCUGAGAAUGCCAUCAGCAGGGCAGACCAGUUCCAUAGGAUUCAGGUGUGGCCCUCCACCUUCCAGCCAUUUGUCUUUGCUUUCCCCUGUGCCACGCUGAUCACCGUGUUGCUGGUUUUCGUCAUGUACAUGACUGUGCGGAGUGCUACUCAACAGAAGGACAUAGCGGAGAGUCCGGAAGUCACUGGGCUCAAGUGCUGCUGCCAGCUGUGCUGUGGAUCCCUCUUUCUGGACUCGCCAUCUGAGUACCUGGAAAUUGUCCGCGAGAACCACGGGCUGCUGCCGCCCCUCUACAAACCCAUGAAGACUUACAACGUGUGAACAACCCACCCCAUUCCUCUCAGUGUUCACUGAUCACCCAUUGGGAGCUUCAGGCAGGGUGGCGUAUGCUACUGAGCAGGAGGGGUUUACACAGGUGUGGCCACUGGCCCAGACUGGCCUUUGAUCUGUACAGCCCAGCUGUUGUCAUUUGUCUUUGUGCCGCCCUCCCAGCUGUCAUCCACUCAUCCGUACACUCUAGUCACCGCUAUAAGCUCUCCCCCCUGCCCCCCCCACCCCCGUGCAGAGCAGGAUUCUGAUAGUCGUGUGUCCUCUUAAGACUCUCCCAAGUGGACCUGGCUGCCCCUCGCCCUUUGCUUUCCUGUUAGCUCGUCUGUUGCUCAUUGGGGAUUCCUGAGGCCUUCCUCAAUGCAAUUCUGCCUGAACCGGAGAGAACUAGGAAGGAGGUCACAGAGGGUUACGGAUGCAGAGAGAAAGGUAACGCACACUCAGAUGGGCACACGCUUACAGCAAGGAAGGAAGGAUGAGCACGUGUUUGGUGGCGCAUCUCAGAUGAUCUGCUGUGUGUCUACAAAGCUGGCUGCUGGGAUGGGCCUGAGCCAAAACUCAAAUGCAGCCCCUGAGCCUGCUCCUCUCUCCUUUGUCUCUGCAGUUCCAUCACCAGGCUGUUCUGUUCCCUGCCUGCUUGCUGAAAGCUGGGUGGUGGGAGCGGGGCAGAAUAAACACCGGGGAGUGAAGAAGACUGCUUUAGAAAUUGACCCUCUUUUGUUGAAGUCUGUAAGAUCAGGGUCUCCUGAGAAAAAAGAAGAAAAGAAAAAGUUGGAGCAAAAAGAAAGGUGGAGCUAAUGAAGAUUUGGGCUCUGUGUGUGUGAGAGAGAGAGAGAGAGAAAGAGAGAUAGAGAUUCACUUGCUCCCAAGGUAGCAGAAGGAAGAAUCAGGAGGCAAAAGACACCUUAAAAGAUUAUAAGUAGAAGCCUGGUGUGGUGGCACACACCUUUAAUCCCAACACUGGGGAGGCAGAGGCAGGCAGAUCUCUGAACAGGUUCAAAGUCAGCCUGGCCUACAAAGUUCCAGGACAUCCAGAGUCACAUAGGGAGUC